AUGCCAGAGGAAUCAUUAGCGCAAGGCAUAGAGGGAGAGGUCAUAAGCACCUACACCGUAAUAUUGAUUUUCGACGGAAUUAAAAAGACAUAUAUGGACUAUGGUAGAAUCGUAAUCAUAGAAUACGCCCUAAUCAAAAUGCAUACAUUUCUCUCAUACACUAUGGGGAUGGUGAGAACAGAUCGAUUAACUUUAUUUUUGCUUGGUGGUUAA